AUGAAAUGCUUCAAACUCUUUUCAACGUACGAGCAAGAGUCUGGUCAACUAUUUACAGCUCGAAUGGGCAAGAACUUUAGGUUUCCACGGAAUAUCUUAGAAGGAGUGCCUUCAAUAACAUCACUAGUGUUAGGUCCGAAUCCGACGAAGUGUUUGGUGCACAAUCAAAGGGUAAUAGAAUAUGGGCAAAUGUAUGAUGAUGAUGAUAAAUUGGACCAAAUUCUCGAAGCUAUGCCUGGUGCUUUACAAAUCCCGGUUGAUCAAACAAAACUGCCACGUAAUCCACCGGCAAAGAUGGUGACAGUUCAACGUAUAAACAAUGGUAACGACUACAAGGUUAGAGUUCGCAUCAGAAGACCAAAUGAAGGUUUAAUCGUCCAAAUUAAUCAUGACUUUUAUGAUACACAACGUAAAAAAUUAUAUACAUGUGUAGUGGACCCAG